AUGUCUAGGAGUCAGCUUGGGCAGAGGAAGAAACCUCUGGAUUCAUUUGUCUGGGUAAAUGAGAUCACCGGAGAGGUCACCCAGCCCGCAGGGGAGGCAGCCGGGCCUGCAGUUCCAGGCGAGGAGCCACGGGAGAGGCCCGGGUCUCCGCGUGGGAGCGUCCCAGUCACAGUUGGGCAGAGACCGGUCUCUCCCGCUUGUCCCGAUGCAGUGCUGAAAGACCCGAGCUCAAGAAACUUUCUUCCAUCCACACCUGCCAGAAGCCUCUAUCCGUCCACACCAGCCCACAGACCUGGAGCGAGGAGCCUGCCCGGGUUCCCUGCUGUGCACCGCACCCUCUCGCCACCAGGGUGCGCUCGGCCCGUACUGCGUCCCCUCGGAGCCUCGUCUCCGCCCACCUGCACGCCGCCCUCGAGCCCUUCUCCCCCCUGGGUCUUCCCCUGCAAGCUGAGGAACACCCUGACUGGGAAUAACCGGUUUUCCUUCUGA